AGUAGUUGAGCUGGGUCGGACUCCUUACGUCGGAUGUUUUUCAGCCCCGUUCAGCCCAGGGAGCGACGGAACAGCCGCGGGACGUGCGCGGAGCUCUGCGGUCGUCGGUAAUGUCCACGUCCCGGGCCCGUGUUUAAAGGUGUCGCUCCGCUCGGGGAAGGCGUUUGUUUUCUGCUGCGCGCGCACGCGGGGGAGCGGAGACUGCCGCCGCUUGCUCACAAACAAGAACAUGGACUUGCACAUACUGGACCACAGGCUGCGGGUCACCAGCAUAUCCAAGAGCGGGCUGGUGAAUUUCACACACCCCCUCAUCAAGCUGAUCUUCCUCCGGAACAGGACACGAUGUAAGUUCUUUAGCCUGACGGAAACACCAGAGAACUACACCGUCGUCCUCGAUGAGGAAGGAUUCAAAGAGCUCCAGCCGUCGGAGCACCUCCAGGUGGAGAGCUCCAUGUGGCUGCCGCUCAACGUGGUCUCCAACGGCAACGCCUCCAGCAGCUCGCAGGCCGUCGGCGUGACCAAGAUCGCCAAGUCGGUCAUCGCGCCGCUGGCGCAGCAGCACGUCUCCGUCUUCAUGCUCUCCACUUACCAGACCGACUUCAUCCUGGUAAGAGAGAAAGACCUGUCGGUGGUCAUCAGCACACUGGAGGAGGAGUUCAACAUUUACAAGGAGGAAGGAGGAGAGUCUGUCCCCGUGCACUCACAGGAUGUUUCCAACGGUCUCCAGAAGAACGGCAAAGACGCCAUCCACCCUACGGUUCACCCGGUGCUGAUCCCCCUCAACCAGUUCUGCGUCAUGUCUCUGGACCCGGACACGCUGCCGUCCAUCGCCACCACCCUCAUCGACGUCCUCUUCUAUUCCAGCAGUCCUAAAGAGGACAGCCAGUCGUCUCCGAGCCAGGACUUGGACUGUAUCAAGUUCUUCUCCUUCUCCCUCAUCGAUGGAUACAUCUCACUGGUGAUGGACACCGAGGCUCAGAGGCAGUUUCCUGCUGACCUCCUCUUCACCAGCUCCUCCGGGGAGUUGUGGAGGAUGGUUCGUAUCGGGGGACAACCUCUGGGCUUCGAUGAAUGUGGGAUAGUUGCCCAGAUAUCGCAGCCUCUCGCAGAUAGCGACAUUUCUGCCUAUUACAUAAGCACCUUCAGCUUCGACCACGCUCUGGUCCCAGAGGAGGACAUAGUGAGUGUGAUGGACAUGCUCCAGCACCAGAGGAAGGAACCGGCGUCCAGCUGAUGUGUCAAGUUUGGGCCGAGGCUGACGAUCCUGGUGCUUCUCACCUGCGUCGAGGUGAUGGGACAACAGGAAACGGAGGCCAAACUCUGUGCCUAUUUAAGCACUGCAUUGCCAGCAGUAUUAACAAGCGUGCAUUUGCCACGAGCACCAGAAGCACAUUUCAGUGGCGUGUGUGUGUGCAUGUGUGCACGCAGUCUUGUCUUAAGAGGCCUCCUAUCAUCACCUGUGCCAUUCAGGAAGUGCUGAGACUGCAGUGGGCCUCACAUGCACACAUCACAGUGCACAAUCUCUUCUGAAACACACACACACACACACACACACACACACACACACACACACACACACACACACACACACACACACACACAUUUUUCAGCCAUGUCUGAUGGGGUCUUCCUCCUUUCUACAAGACUUGACAUCUGUGUUGACAAUAAGUUGUGCUCAGAAAUUAAAUGAAACUUUUUUUUUUUUGCGGCAUACAAUGGAACACACUCCAUUUCUAACUUAGUCUUCCAGUAGUGUUUAUGUGCUAAACAUAUGUGUCUAAGCUGUUUGUUUUUUGUUUGUUUUUUUUUUUCUUUUGCAGGUAUUUGUGAAGCUGAAUGUGUGAACCUUGUGAGAUUGUUACAGUACUUUUCAUACAAAAUAAAAAUGGUGACAUACUUUAGAUUGAGAAUAAGCAGGUUGUUUUUGCAAAUGCUGUUGGAUACCCCUCCCCCCACCCCCACCAACCAGUAGGUCAGCAUUUCUUAACGAUAGCGUUACCCAAGGUCAACAACACUAUGUCUUAUCUUUUGUUAUUUGCACAGUAAACUUUUUAAUUUAGCCAGUACAGUCUCCGUGUUUUCUUUGGUACUGCUACAUUUUAUACAAUUUGAAGUAUUCUCUUGACAUUUGUAACUUUGUGCUGCUUCAUUCAAUAAAAAUUGUGUUUCAAUAA